AUGCAGGUAUCGAGCAUUGUUAAGACAAAAAGUACAACAUAUGUAGUCUUACAGGAGCUUGGAAGUGGAACUUAUGGCCGUGUAGUUAAAGCGUAUGACCAAAAUGAUCCAAAGAAAUUAGUAGCUAUAAAGUUCUUCCAUCUUGAAGAGCAUGAAGAAGAAGGUGUACCAGCUACUUCUAUUCGAGAAUUAGAUAUUUUGAAAUCUUUGAAGCAUCCAAAUAUUGUCAAAUUAUUUGAAGUCCAUUAUAGUCGUCCAUCUGAUGGACCUCCAUUAUUACUAGCUGUAUUUGAAUUGUGUGUAAAUGACUUAAAAAAACAUUGCAAGGCCUACACACAAACAUUAAGAGAAAGAUAUCCUGACCUUAGAAGUCCAAUUGCUGAGCAUACUCAGUGGGCAAAAGAACUAAUGUUUCAAUUAUUGAAUGGCUUAGCAUACUGCCACGCUCACAAUAUUAUGCAUCGUGAUCUGAAACCACAAAAUGUUUUAAUUGGAUUGGAUGGGAUUUUAAAACUAGGUGAUUUUGGGUUAGCUAGGGCUUGUAGGUUACCUCUACCAGAAUAUACUCAUGAUGUACUUACAAUGUGGUAUAGAGCGCCUGAAAUUUUGCUAGGUAUUAAUAAAUAUUCUCCUUCAGUAGAUGUUUGGUCAGUAGGAUGUAUAAUGGCUGAAUUAUUCAGAGGAGGACAUGCCUUAUUACCUGGAGAAUGUGAAAUUGACAUGGUUUGGAGGAUAUUUCGAACACUAGGAACACCUACUGAAGAAACAUGGUCUGGUAUAUUUGAAUUAAAAUAUUUUGACAAAGAUUUUCCAGUCUGGAAAUGCAAUGCAUUAGAGAACCUUAAGAAUUUAUGUAAAUUAGCAGACUCUUCAGCUCUAGAUCUUUUGUCAAAGUUGCUUGUUUGUAAUCCAAAUGACAGGAUAUCAUGCAGAAAUGCGUUGGAACAUCCGUGGUUCGAUGAUCUGGAUAAAUCUAAGUAUAUCAUGUGGAAUAAUAGAGUUAUUUUACCCAGAAUGAAUAAUAUAUUAAGUCUUUAUACAGAUGUGUCUAAUGAUGAGAAUAUCCAACAAAAUAACUCGAAUAAAUUAAGUGGAAAGUCAAGCUAUAAAACAACAGCUGAUAAGCGACGUAGGGAUUCUGAUAAAAGAGGUAUAAAUAAGAUGACAGUUGGAAAUAUUUAG